AAACAUGGAGGAGAAAUGACAAGGCGCCUAUCAGUGUUUGGCUACAGAAGUACUCUUUUACUCAGUAUUUUGACGGUUAGAUAAGUGCUGUUAGUGGAUGUGAAACGCCACUGUUCAGUAGUGUGCUUCUGCUCCGCUCAGUAUAAAAGCGCUGGAGCUCUUGCAGCUGCAGCUCGUUGGAGAGCGCGCGCGGCUGGAGCACGAGCGCUGCGGAGAACCCACUCUGUUCUACUACAGGUUCGUUUGGCUCGCGCUGUUUGUCUGAGUAGAGGCUCGCGCUGUUUAAGCAGCGGCUCGCGCUGUUUGUCUGAGUAGAAGCUCGCGCUGUUUAAGUUGCGGCUCGCGCUGUUUGAGUAGAAGCUCGCGCUGUUUAAGCACAGGUUCGCCCUGUUUGUCUGACUAGAAGCUCGCGCUGUUUAAGCACAGGUUCGCGCUGUUUGUCUGAGUAGAAGCUCGCGCUGUUUGAGCAGCGGCUCGCGCUGUCUGAGUAGAAGCUCGCGCUGUUUGAGCAAAGGAUCUUCCCCUACAAUGAGGAUCAUUUUACAGAGGAGAUCACUUCGUUUGUUCCUGAAUGCCAUUUUCUCUAGAAGCUGGACUUUAUAUAAUGGACUAAAGAAAAUUGGACAUUGAUUUUUUUUUUCUUCCCAGAAGGAAGACGUUGAUGUUGUUUUGGGGAUUGUUGAUUUUCCAAGUGUUUUCAGGUGGGAUGAAGCCAUAUAUGACCUGAUAAAUACCUCAAAUGCUGUGUUUUUCCUUGAGAUUCAUCAGUACUCUCUCAUUGUGGAGAUGUUAUGCCUGCAUCAUUGCAACUUCUCAGGGCCCAGUGCCAUAUCACCCCUCCCCAAUCAGACCCAGGCUGUGGUGGAAGUGGCAGCCGUGGGUCAUAGGGACAACCUGACAAACAGAGCACAUAACAACCCUGCGGCCGCUGGCCUUUCCAUGACCCUGGGUGUCCUGUCCAACAUCGUAGCACUUUUCAUCUUGGCCAAGGCAUAUGCCCGACUGCGCAGACGCUCAAAGGCCACCUUUCUUCUCUUCGCCAGCUCGCUGGUGGCCACGGACUUGGCUGGUCAUAUCAUCCCUGGUGCUGUGGUGCUACGCUUCUACUCGAACGGCGUAGGGACGAGUCCUCCCACCCAUGCUGAUGCCACCUGCCAGUUCCUAGGUGGCAGCAUGGUCUUCUUCGGCCUGUGUCCACUUUUUCUGGGCAGCGCCAUGGCAGCUGAGCGGUGCCUGGGUGUCACACAGCCACUUCUCCAUGCUCGUCUUGUCUCUGGGACUCGCACCAAGAUGGCCUUGGUGCUAAUCUGGCUGGCAGCACUUGCUGUGGCCUUGCUGCCUGCUGUAAGGCUGGGAGAAUACACCUAUCAGCACCCAUGGACCUGGUGUUUUAUAAGGGUAUUAGGGGAAGUUACGGACUCAGAUUUUGCCUUCAUGCUGUUAUUCUCGGCACUUGGAUUGGGCUCAUUGGCCAUGUCCUUGGUGUGCAACACGGUUAGCGGCAUCACCCUGGUGCGUGCACGCCUGCGCAGAAGGAAAUGCCACCGUAGGACAGCAAAAUCGCAUGACAUAGAGAUGGUGGCGCAGCUCCUGGGAAUCAUGAUCACUUCCUGUAUUUGCUGGAGCCCCCUGCUGAUCUUUGGCUUGAUGUCAGUCACAAAUCGCCACAAUGGCUCCCGGGAGGAAGACAUGUACUAUAAGAAACUGAUGGUGAUGGGGGUACGUCUGGCCUCGUGUAACCAGAUCCUGGACCCGUGGGUUUACAUCUUGCUGCGGCGAGCGGUCCUCAGAAAGAUCUAUCAGCUCACCACUGGCCGCACUGAUAUGAGAGGCAGCACUUUCCGCCGCUGGGAGAUCAGCUCCUUACAGAGCUCUGAGAAAAACACCAUCAAACGGAUCUAACAGAGAUGAUGAAAAGAAGAGGGUGGAGACAGUGGAGAGAAUCUGGAUACUUUUUCUGUGCUCUAUAGUGCCUUGCAGUGUAUGUGCCGUGUGCUAGUACCCAAGGCAGAUGAAGGAAGAACAUACAGAAGCUAAGGGCGGUGGUUGCUGUGUAGUUUUGUUCUAAGGACUGCACGAUUUUGAGUUCAAAUCACAGGACUGCCACUGAGAGAGACAGUUAAUUUGCAACUGCUCUGCUAAAUCACUUUGGAUAAAUGGAAAUGGUGAUCCAGGUUGUGCCAACAAUUUAGUCUUAUUGGUUCCUCACCUUAAUGACUUUUCAAUCCUUUUACCAUAGAGACCAUUGCUGGUCUCAACAAAUGUGAAUAAUUUUGAUUUUAUGGACCUGGAUUCAUAUGCUCUACAUGUCCCUUCAUUAUUGGCUAAUGUAUAAAAGAGGACAUGAUAAGGGACACUGAUUGGCUACUAACAGCAUAACAGUGGAGGUUUGCAGAAUACCUGCCUUAGAGAUACUUAAUAUAAAGUUAAUAUCAUAUAUGCUUUAUAAAAUUCAUUAUAGAAUAAAUGAAACUUGACUGGAUCUGGGGCAUAUAAAGGAUAAAACCAUCCAAACACCUUCUUUUCUUAAAAAUCCACAGAUAUCUGCAUUUUUACCGCAUACUCCACAUGGAUUCACAUGGAUAUCGGGAAGCUUAACAGAAUGUUCACGCUAUGUUGGAAGUUGUUUGUGUCUUUCAAGGUCUAAAUAUUGUAAAUAUUCCAUUAGGGACUCAAAGUAAUGGCAGAGCUUUUACUUGAAUUGUAUUCAUAGUGAGAUGUUCUUAUGUCUGUAUUUAUUGUCUGUUUGGUUUCCCUAAUUAUGUGACCUGAAAGUAAUCUAAAUUGUAUAAAAUCUAUUGAAUGUAAUAAAUUGUGUCAUGUUGCUUUUUUGUUUCAUGCAUCAGCGUGAAAUGUACUAAUCACAUGUGCGCAAACAUCAAGUAAUCCUUCCAGGCAGUAAAAUUAAUGGAAAAUACUUUGAUGAGAGUGACAUAGUUCUGCAGUUACCUAAUGUGGUCUGUUCUGAUUUUUUAACUGCUUGUACAAUCGCAUGGAUAAUUAUGUAAUACAUUUCAAAUCUGAAACAUUGCGUAAAUUUGACCAUUUACUUACAUUUCAUGAAUUCCUUGCCUACAGAAUAUAAAAAAAAUGCCCAUUAGAAGAAUUCCAGGUAUGGUGUUUUGAAAGUAGAUAUAACUGAUAGUCUGGUUUUGGCUCAUCUUAGAUCUCAUGAAACAUGCUUUCAUCUCUACCAUCUCAGGUUACUGUCUGAAUACAGUUCCACAUCGUCUGUGGUUUUUCCAGUUUCUCCAAAAAAACUGCAGGUAGUUGGAUUAGGUAAAUUUCUAAAUUGGCCAUAGGUGUGAAUGUGUCUGCACAGUGCCCUGUGAUGAAUUGGCAUUCCAUCUGGGGUAAAUUCUUCCACCUUGUGCCCAGUGUUACUGGGAUUGGCUCUGAAUCCACUCAACCCUAACCAGAAUAAAACAAUUACGGAAGAUGAUGAUGCUCGGCCAAUCAGAGCUACCUCUGACCAAACAACGUGAAACAUAUUAAAUUUAAUCAAGCUAUCCAUGAAUACAAUCCUUGACACUGGCCUAAGCAUUUUAAGUACAGUUUUAACACUAUACCAACUGUAUUUGAUCCAGAUCCAGAUGUGUGUAAAAAUGCUUUAGAAAAUGUUCGUCUUUUUGGUUGUGAAGAGUUCAUGGAGAUGCUUCAUUAUGCUGCACUUCCCCCUACUGUCUGUUAGUAGAAUAAGGAUAGCUCUUGGACCCAUGUCUUAAGAAAUAACACACAAUCGGACAAACAAAAAUACUAAAGUUACAGAAA